GUUCUGCAGUACACAGGAGGGAAGCACACUCCUGCAUUGCAAGGCUUUCUCUUAAGGAAGUAUUGUGGCUUUUGUUUGGAUUGCAGCGUGCAGACUUACAGCUGUUCAGAGGAGACUCAUUACAACUCCUGCUGAAGCUCCUAAUCUUCCUCCCUUCUUCUAGCCCUUUUCUCUACCCUAACUUGGCCUGAAGACAUUGUCCCCAAAAUUUACCUUUCUCCCUUGGUGCUAUAUGUAUGGUGAACUUGGCACUAUGGCCUCGUCUGGGACUGGCCAGACGAUGGCUCUUGGCUCUCCCUAUUCCAAGAAGGAUUUAAAGGGAAAUUGCACUGCAGGCAAUGCAUCAGAGCAGCAGCAUCGGGAGCUUGGGGACUGAGGCUCUUCUGGCAGUAUUAUACACAUGCACAGCUGACCGCAAUGACAGCAGCUGCUCCUUUGAACUGUUGGCAGCAGCCAAGCGGCAGCAUGAAGUGAGAGAUCACUCCUGAGCUCAAGAUGAACUCCACCUUGGAUGGUAAUCAGAGCAGCCACCCUUUUUGUCUCUUGGCAUUUGACUACUUGGAAACUGUCAGUUUUUGCCUUUUGGAAGUGCUGAUUAUUGUUUUUCUAACAGUAUUGAUUAUUUCUGGCAACAUCAUUGUGAUUUUUGUAUUUCACUGUGCACCUUUGUUGAACCAUCACACUACAAGUUAUUUUAUCCAGACAAUGGCAUAUGCUGACCUCCUGGUGGGGGUAAGCUGCUUGGUCCCUUCUUUAUCACUCCUUCACUAUUCCCUACCAUUAGAGGAGUCCUUGACUUGCCAGAUAUUUGGCUUUGCAGUAUCAGUUCUGAAGAGUGUCUCUAUGGCUUCUCUGGCAUGUAUCAGCAUUGAUAGAUACAUUGCCAUCACUAAGCCUUUAACGUAUAAUACCCUGGUUACACCCUGGAGACUACGCCUGUGUAUUUUCCUGAUUUGGCUAUACUCCACCCUCAUCUUCCUGCCUUCCUUUUUCCACUGGGGCAAACCUGGAUAUCAUGGAGAUGUCUUUCAGUGGUGUGCGGAGUCCUGGCACACAGACCCAUACUUCACCUUGUUCAUCGUGAUAAUGUUAUAUGCCCCAGCAGCCCUCAUUGUCUGCUUCACAUAUUUCAACAUCUUCCGCAUCUGCCAACAGCAUACAAAGGAAAUCAGCGAAAGGCAAGCCCGCUUCAGCAGCCAGAGUGGGGAGACUGGGGAAGAACAGGCCUGUCCCGAUAAGCGUUAUGCCAUGGUCCUGUUCCGCAUCACUAGUGUAUUUUAUGUCCUCUGGUUGCCCUAUAUUAUCUACUUCUUGUUGGAGAGUUCCACUGGCCACAGCAACCGCUUCGUAUCCUUCUUGACCACCUGGCUUGCUAUUAGUAACAGUUUCUGCAAUUGUGUCAUUUAUAGUCUGUCCAACAGUGUCUUCCAAAGAGGACUUAAACGCCUAUCAGGGGCUGUGUGUACUUGUGCAAGUCAGACCACUGACAAGGACCCUUAUACAGUUAGGAGCAAAGGCCCCCUUAAUGGAUGUCAUGUCUGAAAUGGCUCAGUCAC